CCUGUCUUGAAGCAGCCGCAGGGCGAAGAAGACGACGAGAGAGGCGAAAGCUUGUAUCGCAUGUCUCUCGUGACCUGAGCGCGAGAAAGAAACGCAGGCGCGAUGAGCUCGGGCCCUCCACCAGGGCAGGGCCAGCCAAUGCAACAACAACAACCACCACAACAGCCUCAACAACCACAACAACCACAACAACCACAGCAGUCACAACAGUCACAACAGUCACAGCAACCACAACCGCAGUAUGUGCCGCCUCAAACCACCAGCACAGUGGGCGUCCGUCCGGGAGCAGUGAGUGGCACGCAGUCAUCGUCCACUGCACCUCCAACCAGCGUGGGAACGACAUAUUCACCAUACCCAGUGGCUGUGCCUUCUGGUCCCACGGGCAUGGUGUCGACGCCAACAGGCGUUGGCAGGUCAGUGUCGUUGCCCAGUUCUGUUCCAGCACCUGCACAAGUAGCACGCCCAGGCGCCGUUCCAGUUUCGACACCAGUGCCAAGGGGAAGUGCGCCGAUGACACCCAUGGCGUCCAUGGCGACGUCAGCACCGAGCGCCAUGACCCCGCAGCCACAGGUCAAUAGGACGCCUUCACAAGGAGCCGCACCUUCGCAGAUGCAAGGGAUAGUGCAAAGCGGCAGCACAACUUCCACCGCACCGGUGUCUGGUGCAGCACCGCCCACAGCUAUCACUACAGCCACGGCGAACACUGCAACACCACCCCCUGCAUCGUCGGCGCCUGCACAAACAUCGGCGUCAACCGCCAGUGGUAGCAGCACCCAAGAGUCGAGGACACGGAGAUCUCAGAUUCACGUUGCACCUUCUCAGGAGGAUCUCCAGACGGUGAAGAAGCUCAUGACAAAGCUGCUCAGCACAGAAGAGCCACGGGAAGUCACCUUCAUUGCGCAGUCGUUUAUCCGGUCGAGCAAGCUUCGCGCCGCGGCCCGCGUGGACCUCCGCGAGAAUGUGAAGAGCAUCGUGCACAAACUGCAGGCCAUGCCCCUCUACGACGACUCCGAGGAGGCCGGCGUGGCGGCGCGCAUGUUCUUGAUCGACACGAUUCGCGUGCUCAUUGGCCUCAGCAAAUCCGACGUCGCCGAGUAUGCGUGCGAUUACCUGUUCAAGGCGCUGCCGCUUGAGUCUGGGCAGGUCUGCGCUUCAAUCAUCCGCGUCUUCCUCUACAUCAAGCGCUACCAGCCAAACGUCGCCAUCUCAAAGCAGCAAAAGAUGGCGCUGUUUGGCUACAUUCGCCGCGUGUACAUGGAGAUCACCGCCAGCGUGGCGAACCGCUUUCUGCCGCACAUGCCGCUUGAGGCGGUGAAGCAGCUCAACGACACCAAUACCCACAUGCUGGAGCAGAUGUACAAGUACCACACCGCAACCAGCAGCGAGCUUGAAAGCAAGCGAAGCGAGCUGCGCAACCUGCAAAACUCCCAAGUCAAGCCACCUCUUCAAACACCCACUUCAACCCACAGCAGCGGCGGCGUGUACGGUCAGCCAUCGAGCGCAGCGCCUUCACCCAUGGGCACCCGCCCGCACACCCCGGCAUACAACACCGGCACGGCGUCUGCCGGCUAUGCUCAGCAACGGUCGCACUACCAUGAGCUGCGUGGCGCCAUCUCAGAGUGUGAGGCAAAACUGGACGACGCAACCAAGACAAUUGGGGUGUUGACGGAGACGGCCAAGAUGAUCAAAUCGCGCAUCCAGGAGCUCACGGCCACGGGCGACACAAAGGCGCAGGUGCACGUCCACAAGCCGCAGUACCUGUGGUACCACCUCAGCCUGCAGCAGGCGUGGGAGCGCUACAACCAGCAGGCAUCGGGCGGCGGUCAGCAGGAUGGCAGCGGCACGGCCAGCGCUGCACCUGGCACUUCCGCCCCCCAGCAGACCUCCACCACGCCCGCCACAUCGUCCACAUCGUCCACCAGUGCAGCUGCUGUGAGCACACCUCAGGCAGCACAACCACUGACGUCGACAGCGACGACGACAGGAACAGCAGCGACAACAACGACAACCAUGGCAUCAUCGAUGCCUGCAUCGUCAGCUCCAACGUACGCGUACGCGUCCCAGCAGCAGACGCCGUACACCGGCACACCAGCGCCCGUGUCAACGAUGGCUCCUGUCUCGUCGGCAGCGGCUCCUCCCCAAUACGCAGCGACCGGGCCGGGGACCUCGACUGCGCCCGGUGCAGCUGGCGCGCGUGUUGGCGGUGGAUAUGCACCCUACUCCUCGGCACAAUCACGCGCCAGCAGUGGCACCACUGCCGCCACAUCGCAGUACCAAUCCACGCAGCCGCCGCCGUCAACCUCAACCGCGCCAACAACGGUUGCGAGCAGCAGUGCGCCGACAGGCAGUGCGCCGACAGGCACUGUGCUGCAGUCCUCAGCAGCAACGGCGACGCAGCCGCAGAGUGUGCCCACGUCCAUGCCCACCACGGGCACGACAACGGCGGCGCCGGGUAUGGCGGCGCCCGUGUACUCAACCGCACCAACCAGCACGUACACGACGCCGUACACAUCCACGGCACCGACAUCUGCGGGAAGCACGGCGCCAGCGGUGUACAGCGCGCAGCCGCCAACCAGCACGCCUGCCGCCAGCGGCGCAUACACGCAGUACCGCCCGCCCAUGACAACCGCCGCCACUUCGGUGCCAACGAGCGUGCCGCCGACAACAACCAUGGCGACGAGUCAGCCCAUGUCCACAGCCACAAGCUCUGCUUAUGCCGGCACUCGGCCGCCGGCACCUGGGGUGCAGUACACAACGCAGCCGCUGCCGACAACCACAAUGGCGACAACCACGCCUUCAGGGACGGCGGCAACAGCCACGACCGUGGCCACCAGUACCCCGACGUCGACGACGGCCUUCCAGCGACCAAUGCCGUACACAUCGCAGGGCUCGACUGUGCCCACGACAGGGGCACCGGGCACCGCGCCGCCGCCAUCAAGCAGCGCGACGGGCGUGUACGCGUACGCGCCGCGCGGGCAGAUGCCUCCAUCCACGGGGGCUGGUGCCAUUGCCCCAGUGCAGCAGCAGCCGCAGUAUGCGAUGAGCGGUGUGCCGGUGACGACGACAGGCAUGUCAUCGACCCCCAUGAUGUCAGGACAGAUGGCAGCACCGUCCUACUCCAUCGCCCCUGCACCUGGCAUGGCGCCAGGUGUUCCCCAAGGACAAGGGUACGGGCAGCGCAUGUACAGGCCGCAGCUCACGCCGGAGCAGGCAAAGCUGCAGGCGCAGUCGCUGCUGUCGACAUAUGUCUCCACAGCAGCUCUUGGCACGUCUUCCGGUCGCCCGGUCCACUUCCACUUUACAGAGCAGGGGCUCAAGAAACCGCGGUUGCCAGGAACACACUCGCUCCCUGUGCUGACGGAGCUGGUUUCGGUCAUCACCACGCUGUUGACUCCGAAGGUUGUGAUUGAUGGCAUGAAGUCGCUGCUGCAGGAACUCGAGCCGUUCAUCGCCGUGUUUGUCAAGUUCCAGCCGAUGGUGACGUACACGGAUCUGCCGCGCCACGUUAAGCGCGACUGGUACACCCUCGUCCACUCCCAGCUGCGCAUUUUGGUGAUGCUGCGCCACUUGUGCCGCUUUGACAACUUCCGCUCGCUUGUGGAUGUUGUUUCUGCGGGUCUGCUCGCCUUCCUCCGCCACGCCCUUCCCAACGGCAGCGCGCACCUGAAGGACAUUUCGUACGCGGCAAGGUUGGCCAGAGAAUCACACGAGAAACUCAAAGACCAGGCGUACGAGUGCUUCAAGAUGUUCUACAAACUGGACCUUGCCCCACGCUUCAGCACGCUGGAGUCGCUGUCAACGUCUUUCCUGCAUUCGCUGGAGUUGCUGCUCAGCAGCCGCCUGGACAUGCAGCCGCACAUGCUCACGCGCGCUGCCGGCAAGGUGGCCUGCGUGCUGCAUGACUCACGCCUCGCCUUUGCCACGUACCCAAUGGCGCUGAAGGUGCUUGAGAUGAUCGCGGAACGGCUCGCAUCUAAGGGUCCGCCGGCAUCUGCACGCCGCACGAUUGUGUUUAUGCUUCACAGCGGCGUGACCCUGCUUGGCCGCAUUGGCGACGUGUACAUGAGGCACCCGAAUCGCCCCGGCCUGCAGUACGCGCGAGCCACGGGCUCCACAAGCUACCGUCUCGCCCACACCAACGAAAUUGGCAUGGACAUGGGCGGGACGCACGGCCUGAAUGCGUUUCCGGCCGAGAUGGAGGAGUGGGCGUAUCCACUGACACACGCCAUGACCUCGCGCAGCACAGAUGCGCACCUGCGCGGCGCCGCCCGCGCUUGCGUGGGCUUCUGCUGCAGGACACUCGCAUUGCUGCAACAGUGCAACCAGUCAUUCCAGACAUCAACUCCGAUGCCAACCAUUCGCAUUGUCGCCUCGUCCGAGACGUACCUCCUCAAGCAGUUUCUCACCAACUCCCUGUUCCUCAUCGACUACCUUCGGAGCAAUGAAGAGGGCCGCAAUCGCUUCCCAGACUUUGAGCUGUUGUUUGCUGCGUACUCGCGUCUCGACCCCGUCACCUUCCGCGAAUACGUCCACUCCUACCUUGACUGGAUGAUCCACCUGAGCGAGACGCGUGGCUUGUAUUCACACUUCGUGCACCUCGCCCGCGUCUUGCCAGCGCGCCCCUUCCUGAUGCAAGGCGUGAUGCGCAAGAUCCUCGAGGCUCUGGAUGACGAGUGCGUCGAUGAGCGACAGAAGCGCCUCAGCCUCCUCAUCAAACUCUUCCAGCACAUCAUCACCUCCGCUUCCGGCCUGCGCGACAUUUCUGUCAUUGAGUUUUAUCACAAGGCCCUUCCCAAGUGCGUCAAGAACCUCAACGUCCGCGAGCACCUGAGCAUCUUGACGUCACUGGUGCGCAUCCUGGUGAGCCUCGCGGAGAAGACCAACAGCAUGAUGAUUAUGAAGGAGAUUCACCCGCACGUGUCGAGCCUCGUCUCCGGACUGCGUCGCCUCUACCAGCAGUCUGAGGCCCUGCCCCACUUCCGCAGCACACAGUCCGAACAGUGGCGUCGAAUGGCGUGCGAGGCCGUGUUCGCCAUGACACACCGCCUGAUCAUGCCGACAGAGACCCUCAACAACAUCCUUCCGCUCCUCAUUGAUGCCCUGGACCCGGCCCAUCCAAGCUAUGCGAGCGCCAUCACCUGCUUUGAUCGCCUGGUUGCGCACUUCUUCGACCAGUUCCUUCACAUCUUCCUCAAGGCCAUCAACCGGCCCAUCCGCGGCGAGCUGCUGGAGCGGCUGUAUGCGAUUGCGCGCCAGGGCCGUCCCGAGGCGCCCGCCGUCCUCCGCACCCUCUCCAAACUCUCAGGAUGUUCCUACUACCAUCUCGGCCAAGAAGUGCGACUGCCGGUGAAGCCAGAGGCACACAACCUCAAUGCCCGGCUGCACUACAACCUGACCACGUUUGUUGAGAUUCCGCUCGGAGACGUGCAGGAAGCCAUCCUGCCCGUGGCCACCAACAAGAGCCACCCCAAGUACCAGGAGGCAAAACAAAUGCUGAUGAUGGUGGCGGCUGUUGCGUUCAAGAUUGACGCGACGGUGAACGAGGUGUCGCUGCUGCCCAAGCUGGCCGACGCCCUGCCCGGGCUCAAGCCGAGCCUUCCCCCGGAGCGCGAGGACGCCGUGUUCCACCUGCUGCCAUGGGACAACCACAUCUGCGACAACCUGUGUGCGCUGCUGCUCAUGCACGGCGACGAGGAAGUGGACAGCUUCCUCUCGGGCAUGUUUGCACACGUCGCGUUUCUUGGCGCGCAGGAGCUGCUGAUGGACUGUGGCCAGGUGCAGCGCAGCCCAUUUGCCACCAGCACACGCGAGAGCGACUUCUUCACUGCGCUGGGCGCUGCUCACGACCUGCUACCCCCGCUCGACUACUGGGCGCCCUCCUCGCGCAUUGCCCCGCUGCACGUGAUUGUGAAGGCGAUUGUGAUGGCGAUUCAGCGCGACUGCGACGCAUCUGUGCAGGCCGGCAUGUGGGCGCUGCGGACACUGCUGUCUGACGUGGAGAAGGUCAUGGGUGAUGCCCGCCUCCUGCACCUCGUCCCACUUGUACAAACGACGGUCCGCGUGCUCGCUGACAGCGCGUCACAGCUCGGCAUGUUCGAGCGGCGUGGUGCCAUCUUUGGCCUUCGCGCCGUCAUCGAAAUCCUUCCAACCGUCGCCCUCGACCCGUUUUGCUAUCGCAUCUACUGCGCGUUGCUACGAGCAAUGGGAUCAGAGCACGAGCCUCUGCCUGAAUCGCUGCACAAGGAGGUCACGGACACGCUUGCGUUGUUGGUGGAAAAGGCGUUUGCUUCCAAGAAGCCAAACAGGCUCCUGCGGCCAGGAACCAACAUCAACGACGCCGAGAAUCCGAAAUUUGCGCAGGUGUACCUGAUGAAGCGCGUGCUGUCGCGAACGGGGCUCGGGGACUAUGAGCUUUCGUCCGUCCUCACGCCGCUUGGCAUGGUUGGGCGGCGGGCAACGGAGCUCUUCCUCUCCAAGUGGUCCCAGCUGCAGAAACUGGCACCCGACCUGGUUUCGCAUUUGUCGAAGCUGAGUGGCCUUCCCAUGAGCCACUUCUUCCUUGUGUUUGACGUGCUGUCCGGGCUGUCGCUGCUUGUGCGUGCACCGACCGUGCCCAACCUGCAAUGCGUGAUUGGCGCGCUGUUGUGCAUGACAAAGGAAGAGUCGCUGCUUGAUCUGCUUGGCGAGUACUCGGUUGCCGCCAGCGCUGCUGCCAAGGAAGCCCUCAAGCAACAGAAGCAGCACCAGGAGCAACAGAAACAGCAGCAAGAGCGCCAGCAGCAGCAAAAACACCAGUCAGGUAUGCUUUCAACACAGCAGAUCCAAAACGAACAAGACCAACAACAACAACAACAACAACAACAACAACAACAGCCAACUCAGCAGGCACAGCAGCCUGGUGGAUCAACUGGCGCACCUGCAGCAACUUCAACUGCCACUGCAAGCACAACCUCGACAGCUACUGCUGCACCAGCAACAACAGCAGCAACAACAAUGCCCCAAACUGAUGGUUCCGGUGAUACUGCUGAGCCGCCUCAAGAUCAGUCGCAAGCACAGCCUUCACAGCAGGCACAAGCACAGCCUUCACAGCAGCCGUCACAAUCGGCAGAGCAGCAACAGCCAUCACAACCAUCACAGCAACAACAGUCAUCGGCAGAGCAACAACAGUCUUCACAACCAUCGCAGCAACAGCAGUCAUCGCAGCAGCAGCAGCAGUCGUCGCAGCAGGAGAGCACAGCAGCCGGCGCCAGCGAAGGCAAAUCUUCUCAGAAGCGGACGGCGAGUGAGCAAGCCGCCUCUCAUGGCGAAGCGCAGCCACAACAACAACAACAGCAGCAGCAGCAGCAGCAGCAGCCCAACUCUGCACCCAUGCACAGUCCGGCCGCGUAUCCGCAGCUGGUGUCUGGCCGCUCUGUUGUCCUUGAAGUCAUGAACCUCCUCGCCAAGCUUCAGAGCAAGUCUCGCUACGUCGAUAUCUGGGUGUCUGCCCUGGAGAUGUACCACGAACUUCUCAAAACACGCAAGUGGGACGGCCUUGUCAAGGACCUUCUUCCUCACGUGAUGUCGUCGGUGUUCUCCGAGACGUCGAAACUGCGCGAUUUGGCGACAGAGAUGCUCAAGUUUAUGAUGGACAACAACCUGCUCCUGCAAACAGAUCUCUCACAGACUGUUCGCCCGUACAUGGACGAUGUCAGCAGCUUCAAGGACCUGCACACCUUCAAAUUACAAGGGCUGUUUGCAGUUGCCAAGGCCUUCCCACCGCUCUUCAACAUGUCCUUUGCGAACUUGCUGUGGCAGCACCUGGAGAAGACGUUCCAAGUGAUUGUGGAGGACAUGAUGUCGUCCAGCCCAAGCUGGCUCGAGAACCCAAAGAGCAGACACGCCGUCUGGCUGCUCAAGAUCUUCGGUCACCUGCAGAACAUCGACCAGGACAUUCCCUCGAAGCUGCUUGAUGCGGUGGUCAACUGCGAGAUGGUGCUUGGACAGUUUGCCUCCAGCCCCGUUCGCGAGGCCGUGGCAUACUUUUGCAACUGCCACGCAGACAUGUUCCUCUCGUGGUUCCUCAACCACAUCUCCUCGCCAAACGCGUGCGAUCUGCUCAUGUAUGUGCUGCAGUGUGAAGAUGCCCCCAACGUGCGGGCGGCGUUUAAGGACCUUGGUCCCGAGCUCUAUCGCCGCGUGUAUGAACCAUGCCGCAAGGCGCUGUGUACCGCAAACGACCUCAAGGUGCAGAUUGACUCGUCUGCCAUUGCCUUUGCUGUCACGGCCUGCAUCUACACGCACAUGGGCUUCGAUCCAACCUUUUUGCACAAGAACUACGACAUUUACAAGACCAUCGUCGACCUCUGGAAGUACAUGAAACUUUGGCUGCCAUCUGUGACGAUCAUGGAGCCCAACCGGCUGAACGAUCCGCGCAUGCUGAUCAAGCUGUUCAUGCGGCACUUGAGCGCACACCGGGACGGUCUGACAGACGACGACAUGGCGCUCAUCUUCGAGCUGCUUCCCAUCCUCAGCCCAACCACCAAAUCCAUCAUGGACCUCUCCCUCCUCCUGAACUUCUUUGCAACGGAUGUGCCGGAGACGUUUUCGCUGAAAGCGCGGCGGUUCUUGUUGAUGCGCUGCUGCCGUGGUGUCACCCACCCGCUCCCCGUCUAUAUCAAGCACUUGCAGGAUAUCCAGGAUGUGGUGGUCCACAAGAUCCUGAUACCGAACAUCGCGUACGCGCUGGCCAAGGGCGAGGCCGUGGAGCUGCUUGGCCCCACGGACGGCAACCCAGGCGUCAUGGGCGAAAUUGUCAAGAUGCUGCUGGACAAGCGCAUCGACGCGUGGCCAGACUCGCUCAAGGGCGCCGUGUCUGAGCUGCUCGUUGCCAUUGGCGAGGGCGCGCACCGGUACCCUGCCGUGCGGCCCAUGCUCAAGCCGUUCCACCCCGACUUGGUCGACAUCAUCCGCCGCCUGCUCGACUCCUCCGCCCACACGCACUCCACAGCAUCGCCUGUGCUGUGCUGGAUCAUCCACGCGGGCUUCUCGCUCAUCCGCGGGCUGGAUAUGCGUGACCUGCCGCUUGCCCGCCGUCUUUACGUCCUGCUCAUGGACAACGCACAGAUACACGGCCGCGACCUCGCCCGCAUGGCGCUGGAGCUGGCGCACGUGGUCAUGCCGACGCUGGAGCCGCCAGAGGCCGUGGUGGACGACCCGGGCCAGUAUGUCAACGUGAGUAUCCAGGACUGGACGUCGGUCAUCAACUUUGAUGUGACGGAGCAAACCCCGGAGGUGGAGGCGUACACCAGCCGCCUGCUGACCACCAACGACCUGUUCCACCACCGCCACUGGGUGCUCUUGUUGCGCGACAUGCUCGUCCGCAGCAACAAGAGCACAAUGGCAGCCAACCUGGUGAGCAUCCAUCGGGACCUGCUGGAGCCUGCACGCCACGUGCUGCUGCCUGGGCUGCUGACGGUGAUUGAGCGCGCCUCGUCGUCGUCGGCGUCGGCAUACGAGCAGCCAAGCCUGCAGCUCGAGCGCGUGGAGCUGUUCUUCCACUGGUCGUCCCUGAUGCAGGAGGACAUCCUUGCCGCAGACAAGGCCGAGGAGGCCGGCAGCAGCGACGCUAUGAGCGCAGACGCCAAGGAAGCUUCGGAGGCUGCAACAACGGAAAAGGACAUGGACACAGGCAAAGACGAACCUCCUGACACAGCUUCGGCUACAGCAGCCGCGACGCCGCCAGUCUCCAGCCCGGCUUCAGGGACAGGGACAGGUGCGGGGUCAAGUUCUACGACAACACCUGCGCCCGCCACAGGUCCUGUCACACAUGCAGCGUCUGCAGGCGACAGUGCUGCCAAGUCGUCGGCGUCGUCCUCGACUACUGCAUCGCCAUCAGCCAUGGCGGCUUCCGGGACGACACCAAGCAAGGCACAAGCCGCAUCCUCAUCUCCCGUGGCAUCCUCAGCAUCGUCGUCGUCAUCGCCAACGGCGCAGGCUGCCACCGCUGCCACCACAGGCGACAAGAACGCUGGGGCAGUGGCGAACAGCCAGGCGGAGGAAGAGGAGGCCAAGGAGCAGAAGAGGCGCAGGAUUGAGCGUGUUCGCCAAGUCGCAAAGAAGCUGCUCUCGCCGGCGACGCGCGCGCAGAUUUGGAACUACGUGUUCCACACGCUGGUGCCACUGCUGCGUGAGCCUUCGCUGCAGAAGCAGCUGCACAGCAUUGACCUGUGGACGCAGAAGCUCCUCAUGCUGCUGCAAAAGAUGCUGUCGUAUCCGGACUGGGCGGCGGUGCCCUUGCCCAAGGAGCAGCUGCACAUGUACCUGAACGUCGCCGCAAAGGACAACAAGAACGUUGGCUUCCUGCACCUGUACGCGUGCAUGCUGCGUGUGCUGGUGAUUCUGAUUCGCCGCCUGCCCGCGCGCAUGUGGCUCGAGCACCUCCUGGCGUGCCAGGACGAGAUUCUGCAUGCCAUGCGCGUGCACCACCACAAGGUGAGCGCGGCCGUGGUUGAGCUCCUCUCCAACGCCGUGCUGCGCUUUGCCAAGGAGAAGGACCAGAAGAAACUCGAGGGUGUCUCGGAGGAGACGGUGACGGCGUGGGCUGCGUUUGUGGGCAAGGCCGAGGAGCUGAUGCACAAGCAGCUGGAGGCCAUGGAGCCAGAGGACACGAAGCGGCCGCUCGCCCUCGCCGUGCUUCUGCCGUGCGUGCGGCUGCUGCAGAACGCGUUUGGCGCCAUUGACGAGAAGUACAUCAGAUCACGCAAGAACCUCUUGCUGCGGCUGUUCCAGCGGCUGCAGCGCGACCACCUGGAGGCCAGCAAGCUCGAGGCCCAGAAGGCGGCAGGCGGUGGCAACAGCAGCAGCACACAGGGCAUCCCACAGGGCACCAGCGCAGACGCCGUGCAGACGCUCAUGUUCCUGCUGAAGCUGCUCAAGGCGGUGAUGAAGGACUUUGAGCAGAGCGACCGCAAGACCUUCCUCACAGGCAUUGUACACCUGGUGGACAAGACGGAGGACACGACGCUGAUGAGCCACCUCAUGGAAACGGUGACGCAGUGGCUGCUCAGCAAGGAGCUCACGUGCGUGCCGACCAAGGACAAGGUGACGAUUGUCGGGCGCCUGGGCCUGGCCAUGGUUCGCCGCUUCAAGAACACAAAUGUCUUUGUUGACUUUCUCAAGUUUGUGCUGGAGACGUACUCUGACCGGCAGGGCGCCAACCCAGACAUUGUGCAGCGGCUGGAGAUUGGGUUCCUGCAGGGCCUGCAGGUGCCUCUGGACGAGCUGCGGGAGAAGUUCUUCAAGAUCAUGGACGCGCCAAACCGCAACACCAACAUCUUCCUGCGGCUGGACUCGUGCAUGGUGAACACGGUGGCCCGCUGGGACCACAUCAAGGACACCAACUGGGUCAAGACAUGCGUGGACGUGAUGCUUGCCGGGGUGAUUGAGGACCAGCCCAUGUUCUGCUCGCGGCACCGCUACUUUGAUGCGCUGUACACGUCGGCCAAGAUUGAGCACUCGGCCAUGCAGCCGCCGCCGGGGCUCAAGGACCUCGUGGCCACGCGCCGCGCCUUUGUGCGCAAGGUGGACGGCAUGACCACGGGCAAGCUGCUGUCGCUCCUGCGCUCGCUCACGGCCAGCGUGCCGGCGCUGGCGCACAAGCUGUGGCAGCACCUGUUUCCUUGGUACUGGGGCUACCUGCACGCCAACCCGGACUCGAAGAAGCGGCAGGACCAGGUGAAGGCCAUCACCAAGCACGUGGAGCAGCUGGCACUGCUGGACCAGAACGAGAACGGGGACCAGGGCAACCUGCACGCGCUGAUUGUUGCAGCGUCGCGGUGCGAGCCUGCGCUGGAGCUGCCGCCGAGCCUGCUGCACUACGCGGCCGUGCACCGCGGCCUGUGGCACACGGCCAUCUUCAUGCUGGAAAACGCGGUGGUGACGCUCUCCGACGAGAUGCGGCGGCACAGGGGCACCAUGCACCCCGUCGUGCACGCGCUGUCAGACAUGUUUGGGCGGCUGCGGGAGCCCGACUUCCAGCAGCUGUGCUUCCAGUCGAUUUACGCGCAGAAGGAGACGCUGCUUGCGCUGCGCUACGAGACGUUUGGCGACAUUGCAAAGGCGCAGGAGACGUACGAGGACAUCAUCCAGGGCAUGUCCAAGAAGGGCUCGAGCCUGGUGGAGAGCGACUUCAAGCUGUGGGAGGAGCGGUGGGUUGCGUGCACGCAGAAGCUUGGUGAGCACGACCUGCUGUUCAAGUUUGCCGAGGAGACGAAGAACGACGAGCAGCUGCUGUCCAACGCCAUCAAGCUGGAGAAGUGGAAGUCCGCUGCGGAGGCGCUCACCCGCUUGGAGGUGCAGCGGGACCCGGACCACCGCCUGAAGAUUUGCAAGGCGCAGAUUGCGCUGGCUGCCGGUGACUCUGUGGACGUGGCGACGGUGGACAAGGCGUACGACGACUUUAUGACGCUGGUGGUGCGCGAGUGGAAGCGGCUGCCGCCAUACGCGUGCAACGCGCACGUGCCCCUGCUGCAGGACACGCAGCGCAUGGUGGAGGUGCACGAGUCAACCAAGGUGAUGGUCAUGUGCAGCCCCCACAACCAGAAGCGCUCGUCUGCAAACGAGAUUCACGAGGUGAUCCACGCGUGGAAGGCCCGCCGGUUAAACAGCUGGGUCGACAUCACGCAAUGGGACGACCUGCUGCUCUGGCGGCUGCUCGUGUUCAAGCGUGUGGACGAGGCUGGCCUCCAGCUGCCUGGCUCGCGCACGCCCAACGACCACAUUGCAAAGAUCCUGAACCAGCUCGCGCGCAUCGCGCAGUUGCAGCGGCUGCGGUCCGUGUGCCACCGACGCCUGCAGCAGGUGGAGGCUCUGCCAGACGUGUGUGUCGAGGAGCUGUUUGUGCGCGCGCGUGAGCUGUUCCUAUGCGAGCGCGAGCUGCCAUCCCGCACGCCGCAGGAGACGUUGGCGCUGUUUGACACGGUGAACAUGUCCCACUUCUCCAUGGACCAGUGCACUGAGCUGUUUGCCUUCAAGGCGGAUGCCCUGCACAACGCGGGCGACCUUGAGGAGGCACACAUGCUGUUCCUUGCCGCGGGGCACAUGAGCCCGAACGUGGCCACGCUGUGGGAGCUGUGGACAUACUUCUGCGACACCAUGACGUACUACUGCAAGGAGCGCCUGCUUCGUGAAGAGGAACGCCUGCGCAAGUACCGACGCACGCAUCCUCUCCCACCUGCAGACGCCAGCGGUGGGCAGGAAGGCAGCACCAGCACCAGCACCACCAGCACCCAGCCUGGUGGCGACACGCAGCAGAGCGACGAGCAACCGCCUGUCGUGGUGAAGCAGGAGGACAGUGGCACAGAGAGCAAACAAGGCCAGGAGGGAAGCGAUGGCCAGCAGCAGCAGCAGCAGCAGCAAGGCCAGGAGGGUGGAACGGCCAGUGCGACACCUGCUGGUGGUGAUGCCACGGCGCCCGCGUCGUCGACAACAGCAGCAGCAACGACAACCACAGAAGGUGAAGGCGCAGCAGCGGAGGGUAUGAAGCCAGAGGGCAGUGGCGAGAGCAAGGAGGCUCUGCCGUCAACGCUGAGCACCCUCAAGUUGCAGGCUUCACUGUUUGGAAGUGACUUCAAUGUUGGCGCUGACAGCAAGAAGAAGACAAGCAAAGGUGAAGGUGACAGUGAAGCUGAUGAUGAUGAUGAUGAUGAUGGUGAUGGUGAUGGCGAUGGUGGUGGCGAUGAUGGUGAUGGUGAUGAUGGUGAUGAUGAUGGCGAGCCCCCCACAAAGCGCAGCCACACAACAGCUGGCGGUAAGGGCAAGGGCAAGGGCAAGGGCAAGGGCAAGAGCGGAAGGAGCACAGGUGGUGGUGACGCGCGGCCACCAAGCGAGGCGGCGGUGCGUGAACUGGAGGAGAAGGUGAUGAAGUGGGCACGAGCCACCAUGUCAUGCUUGAUGACGGGGUUGCGCCUGCACACCGCCGGUGACCGCCGCUUCCCUGCGCAGAAGCUUAUGGCCCGCGUCUUUACGCUCCUCUCAGAGGGCGACGGCUCCUCGGUCUCGGAGAUGUUCCAGAAGUAUGCGGAGGUGGUUGAGGCGAAUGUGUGGAAGUGCUGGCUGCCGCAGCUGAUGACGUGCAUCUUCCGACCAGAGGCCGAGUACGUGCAGCACGUUCUCAUGAGGGUCACCAAGCACUGCUCAGACCUCAUGUUCCACAACCUACGCACGUUCUACGGUGUUGCGCAGCAGUGUCGCUCCUUCAUGCAGCACCAGAACGAGUACGACCAGCGCACAAAGCGGCCCAAGACAAGCAACAACGGCGACGGCGAUGCAGCCGAGGCCGCAGCGGAGGAGGCGAAGCGAAAGGCAGAGGCACUCAAGCGCCGCAAUUCCCAGAUUAUCCUCAAGCGAGCGAAUGCGGUUCUGACCAAGAUGUACACGACGCUGCGCACGCGGCGACCUGAGGCGUUUGAGGCGCUGCGCCGCUUCUCAGAGGACCUCACACAGAUGCUCACCUCCCGCUUGCUCCUCGCCAAGUACAGCGCAUGCGCCAUGCUGUUUGUUGUCCACCUGCGCCACCUCUUUGCGCACAUUGAGAAUGGUGUGACACUUGAGACGCUCAAGAGCCAGCACACACCGGACAUUGGCCCGCUGCUGACGCGAAAGGCCGCGCACUUCCGCCGCCUCGACCCGGCGUUCUCCGAGACGGUGCUCCGUCCCAUGUUGAGCAUGGGGUCGAUUGACGUGAUGAAGUCCCUGCUGUACCACCUGCAUAUGCUGCGUCCGCUCGUCGAGCACCGCAAUCGCGUCCUUAGCACGCUGUCCAAGUACUCGACGUUCCUGAGCUCCCCCGGGCUGGAGCUGCGUGAUCUGGAGGUGCCCGGGCAGCACGUUGACGACUUCCUCGGCGCCGAAAUCAGCCCACAAAACUCCAUCAAGAUUGACCGCUUCCUUCCGUUUGUGGCCACAUCUGUUGAAGGGCCAGAGUACGCCAUGCACAUCUGGAUUCGUGGCUCAGACGGCAAGGAACACAUGUUCUCGCUGCGAAACGGCGACGGCCGAACAGAACAACGAAUUCGGCAUCUCCUGCGCAUCACCAACAUGAUGUACACCCGGUGCAAGGAAACCCGCGAGCGUGGCCUGGUCAUGUACCUCCCUCGCAUCUGGACCCUCUCACGAGGCGUCUUCCUGGCUGAGAAAAAGGACGACAUUGUGUCGCUGGAUGCGGUGUACGACGUGUAUCGCGCGCGCCACAACAUCCACCGGGAGGACCCUGUCAAGCGGCUGCUCGAGCUGUACAUUGAGCACCUGAAGACUGGCCGCCCAUUCGACCGCGCGUUCAAGGAGGACGCGUAUGCGCAGGUAGCGCGCCGCUUUGUGCCAAACUACUGUCUGCAGCAGUACGCCCUGCGCCGCUUCCCGGACCUCUCGGGCUUCUGGCUCUUCCGCAAGCACUUCCAGUCGCACCUUGCCGUGAACUGCUUCACGUGGUUUGUGCUUUCGCUCAAGCUUGCUGGCCCAGAGACCAUGCGCUUUUGCUUGCCCACGGGCGAGAUUGAGCCCUACAGCCUCGACCAGCGAGUUGAUCGGCAGACUGGCUUGUUGCUUGCACCGGCUGUCCCGCGCAUCACGCCAAACAUCACCACGCUGCUUGGCAGCCGCAACAUCUUCAUCCCGUUCUGCGCGUGCAUCCACGCCCUUGCAUCCAUCAUCUCCAAGACUGAGUUCAAGCUGCACUUUUUCCUGACGGCGAUGCUGCGAGAUCACCUCAUCUUUUGGAGCUCCAUGUCGCUUGCGCCGUUCACCCCAGACGUGCUGUCAAACAAGGCCCUGCUUGCGCUCAUCGCUGACAACGAGAAGAAGAUUCUGGCCAGCAUUUCGUCGCUCAUGCACGUGCGAGGCAGCCGCGUGGUGCACCACUGGAUGCGUGUUGCCAACCACCACCACGCCAUCGGCUCCCUGUCUCCAGUGGACGCCCCCUGGCUCUGAUGGUGCAGGUAGCAACCGAAGCAGGGUGCAUGUGCUACGUCAUCGUGUCAUACCCAGCACGAUAGGCUGGCUCGUGCGUGCGAUUUGACAUGUCUUUGUUCGGCACAGUUUGUGUGGUUUUGUUUGUGUGGUUUGUUUUUGUGGUUUUCUUUUGGUUGUACCAGCAGGGUUGGGAUGAGGAUGGAGUGGCUCUUCUUUGUUUUGGCUAUGCGACUGUUGCAGUAGUGGACUACCGACCAACACAGACAAGGAGAAUGAUGAGAGAGGGGGGAGAAGGGAGAGAGUGUGUGUGUUGUGAGGGGAUGCGUGCGUGACUUUUGUCUUCCUUGCUUCUUGCUUGCCUCUUGUGGGCGACUUGCGUUUCGUCAUGUGCGCUCGCAACAUCGGUGAAUAGACAAAUCAGU